AUGGAGAUGAUGGUAAUGGAGAGCCGGAAACGUCCUCGGACCAUGCAGGAAGCAAACAACAGCCUGGCUGAACUAAAUAGCCCAAAUAUUGGCCAGCCUAUCAUGCCACUAGAGAACGGAUUUACCGUGCCUCACCAUUCAACCGUAUCCGCCACACCGGUGUUUGAGCAUCAAGCUGCUCACUGCAAUUCUGAGCCCUCACCGAUCCGAAAUAAAGCUAGCAUCGACGCAGUUGCAACCAUGUUCCCACAGGUGCUCAUUCGUGCGAUGUCAAGAGAACGCGGCUUUGCUGACAUUGAAUUAAUUUAUCUCGAAGAUCAGAUGAGCGCUAUUCUAAAGAUAGUGAUCGCCCCGCACAAUACCCAGUCGCUUGCUCAUCGCUUGUUUGGUGUGAACAUUGAAAUCGAAGAUUCCUGUCACUACAUGGCUGUCAGCGAUGUCGUGCGAGUUACUCCUACUCCAUUCCUCAAAGUACAAGGUGCUACGGAAUCAACCAUAAUCGAAUAUCUGGGCGAGCGCAUUCAUCAUGCCAUUGAGAAAAGUGAUUUGCGAAAGCAAGAAAAAGAAAAUGGAAUUAAGAGUUCAUGCUGUCUAUCAUUCGACAUCCCACUGAGUUCGUUAGACAGAAGCUAUCUCUAUGUAACCAUUGAUACGGAACAAGGGCAUAGUAUUAGGGCAGAUCUUAGGUUGUUUUAGAAAGACUGAUUCAGAUCGUUGUCCGUAGACUCUCGAUCAAACAAAGGCCGUAACUGCACCUAUCCUCAUAAUCACGCGACCAACACCGUGGCAUAUCAUCGUAUCAAGGAUUUCACCCUCUGAUUAUCUCCACUACUUGGCCACCUUCGCCCGUGAUAAGGAGAAGCCCUCCUCAACCGUGCGCCCUUUACAGUCUUUUACCAGCUCCCAUCCUAAGCCUUCCCCGAGCUUUUUAGACACUCGAAACAUUUGCCAGUGGAAUAUCUGGCCCUCGCCUUUGAUUAAUCGUGGAGUAUUCGAUAUUGUGUCCUCAAAUUCAUGAGGGUCGGAAGGUUCAACAACUAACGAC